UUAAAUAUUGCAUAUGUAAUAAUUAUAUGUAUGAUUAAAUCUAUGUUGUGCAUAUGAAACGGCGUAAUCGAAUAGAUCGAAUCAAUCGCCAGGCGUGUAUACAAGCGGGAUAAAAAUCCUGGUGAGCGGGAGAAACCAGAAGACCCUAAAGAGAGAGUGAGGAGAGACGAGAGAGAGCGAUAAGCAGACGGGCGCACUCCGUCCGUGAGCAAGCCAAGCGUUUCAGUCGUACAGAAACUUUCGACGAGGCAGGAUCGCGCGCGCAAAACUCGGUCCGAUUAAUUAUCAUUUUGCGAUGCGAGAUUCGCCCGCGAGAUUAUCGUAGUACGCCACGUGAUCGGCGAUGGUGCGACGAUUUUUGAAUGAGACGACACGCGACGUUUUUACCAGAGAAAAACGCGUAUCUUCGAUUAUGCAGCGACUGCCUUUGUGAUUCAUUCGGCGCUGGAGCCGAAGAAGAAGGCAGUCGCGCUCGUUUUUGAACGCAUCACGUGCAUUUUUUUAAUCGAGAGUAAUGUUUGCCGUCAAUCGAUAGCUUAUUUUUCAAUUUUUUGUGAUUUGUCUUAACUUAGGUGAUCUCGUGUAAUAUAUGAACUCUAUUUUCUUGUCACGUCGAAUUUUGUUACUUUGAUCAUCUGCGUCUGUAUCUGUACGUGUUUUUUAUAAUAGAGAACUAUAUAUAAAUUGAUAUAAAAGAAAUUAUACAUAUGUAACGUGUCGAGUGCAAUUUAUAAAUUGUGGAGGAUGGAGUGAAAAAUUAAAUUAUCGUGUCGAGAGAUCUGAUUGUCCGGUCGUUGAAUCUUGAUCAGUUGAAAGCAAGGUCGAAUCUGCACUGGAGAAAGAAGCCAAUUAAUCUCGUUUAAUGUGCACAAACAAGUUAAUUAAACUACUCGUUAAGUCGAGCUCGAGAUUUGACAGCUCUUUAAAUGGAGCUGUGACAGGACCGUAAUUAAGAAAAGGAAGAAGUUCCCUGUGCGUUCAAUGAGAGAAGAGAGAGGGUAGAGUUAUAUCUUCAUUAAUUUAAAAGAAGCCUCGAGUUGAUGUAAAUCACCGCAUGAUGUACAACCGGUAUCUCGGCAUGUCGAUCGACAGGCGGUGGAUGACAUACGACACGAGGGCAAGUUCGAAGUAGCAUUUACGCGAUUGUGGUUUCUCGAGGACAGAAAAAUGCGUUGGAUCCUGUUGUUGACAUUAGUGCGUGCAAUAUGGUGCGCGCACGGCGCCUGCGAGCCGAUCAGGAUCGAGAUGUGCCGCGGUCUCGGCUACAACGUCACCGUCAUGCCGAAUCUAGUCGGUCACGAGAUCCAAGGCGACGCCGAUUUCACUUUACAGACAUUUAGCCCGCUCAUUCAGUACGGAUGCAGCGCGCAAUUGCAUCUAUUUCUGUGUUCGGUAUAUGCACCAAUGUGUACCGAAAAGGUUCCCGCACCCAUCGGACCUUGCCGAGGUCUAUGCGAGCAAGUGCGAGCCCGUUGUUUUCCGGUGCUUCAGGGUUUCGGCUUCCCUUGGCCUGCUGCGUUAAAUUGCUCCAAAUUUCCACCGGAAAAUAAUCAUCAACACAUGUGUAUGGAAGGACCGGGUGAACCAGGCCCAGCUAAUCCUAUCCAGGCGGUGAGCGCCGGCAAUGGACCCUGGGGCUGUUCUUGGUACGCCAAAUCUGGAUUAUACAUCUUCCUAAAUCGUUCCGGGAGAUGUGCCGCCGCUUGCGACGCCGACAUUCUCUGGUCCCAAAAGGACAAGGGACUCACAGAAGCUUGGAUGGCUGUAUUCUCGACGGUAUGCCUCGUCUCCGUCGUGAUAGCCAUCUUAACACUUCUAAAGCCGCGAAAACAACCUAUACUGACCACUGUAGCAGAACGUGCUAUAAUCUUCUUGACGGUCUGCCAUACGGUGAUUGCGAUCGGUUACGUGAUUCGAUUGGCCGCUGGCCGGUUGAACGUCGCAUGCACCCCCGCGAUUCCACUGCAUCCGCAGGAACAAAUCGUCCUGACCCAACAGCAACAGCAGCAACAGUAUCUCACGCAGGACGGUUUAGCCAAUCCUUACUGCGCCGUCGUCUUUCUAUUGCUCUAUUAUUUUGGAAACACUGCGAUUGUUUGGUGGGUCGUGAUAUGCGCUUGGUGGUGCAUAAUGGCCAGAAAGUGGACGAAGAUGACCGGCAACUGCAAGGAGGAUGAUUUAGGACAAGGAUUCUCAACCAUCGCCGCCGUCCUAGCUUGGGGUCUCCCAGCCGCACACACUAUCGCUGUACUGGUUACAAGAGACGUCGACGCCGACGAGUUAACCGCAAGUUGCUUCGUUGGUCAGCAGAACACGCAGUCUCUACUCGCCCUGGUGCUGGCUCCGCAAUUCGCUUAUCUAUCAUUCGGCAUGACGUUUCUACUGGUGGGUUUAGCGUCGUUGACUCUACCACGACGUCCAUCGGUGAUGCCGGUAACAUCGACGUCGGCGUCAUCCUCGUCGGCGACAGCGGCGGCAACAUCCACGACGACGACAGCAGUCUUGACAGCGUUAACGGGAUCCCAUGCUGCGAAUCCACUGAUGCGUCAGCAGCGCGAGAUGUCCGGGAAGUCGUCCCCGGCCGAGAUACACCGGCGACAGAAAGCGCUGUUGAUCCGCGUCGGCAUAUUCGCCUGUCUUUAUGGCGUCUUAAUCAUUUGCCUCGUCAGCACGACCUUCUACGAAUGGUGGGGCAGGGAGACCUGGCUCCGAGCACCGGAACCAUCCGCGGCCCCGCGGGUGCCCGCUCGACCCGUCUUGCAGUUCUUUAUCCUGCGACUGGUGGUGACCCUCGGCGCCGGUAUCCUGGCCUCCGCGUGGAUCUGGUGGCCGGAAGUGGCGAGCGUGUGUCGCAGACUGUCGCGCUGCAAACAGCCGCCGUACAAGUGUUAUCCGGUGUCUGUCGUGCAUUGUUACAACCCCAACACUAAUUCCGUACCUCGUCAGAUUCAUCACCUCAGUCAUCUGACACCACCGCAGCAUCCCCUGUUGCAUCAACAUGCCAUAGCGAAUUCGCAAAUGAAUCCGCAUAGAAACUAUAAGAAGUAUCGAAAGCAUCGGAAACAUCAUUCCGGCAGCGAGACACAAGUUUGAACGAAAAUUGCAAUUGUUCUCAUUAUUAGUCGUCACAAAGUGCCUUAUCCCUUCUGUUGAUGAACAGGUAUCUGGAUACUCAAAGCAACUUUUACAUGUUAAAAAAGUGUUGGAAUUUUUUUCUUCAAAAGGAAAUAUAAGAGGUCUUUGUAUUCAGAAACCUCUUAAAAUAUAAUGAAAAAAGGUUCAAGAAAUUUAAAGAAAUUUUGCAAUGUAUUAAACGAAGUUGAUGUAUCCAGAUACUCAUACAUUAAUGGAAAAGUACAUGAACUUAUAUAUGGACUUAUAAAGGUGAAUAGUUAUGCAUUGACAGAAGGGUUAAACAUGUAUUUAGCCUAUAUAUAAUACGUAGAAGUGAUAAUGUAAUAAUUUUUGCCUGCCAAUUUCUCACUGUGUAUGCGUAAAAAAAGUCAUUUAUUCUAAUUUAAGUUAUUUCUAUUACGCAUUAUUCAUUUCAUAGUCUUUCAUUAAAUUCAUUCUAUUUGCUCCACAUUUAAUAACGUGACAAAUUUACUUUGACGUUUCUCUUCCUCUAAUUACGAUAAAAUUGUGUAACAAAGAAGAGAUAAAUUUUUACGGAUUUAUUGGAAAAUUCAAGUUACAUUACUAAAUUAUACCAUAAAUGAUGCAUCUCUUUACGCGUUUAGAUACGCCAUUGAAUUUCUUUGCUGAAACACUCGUGGAGAGAAAUGAGAGAACAGUGGAGGAUGCUAAAUUUAAACCUCGAAGAAUAGUCGGAGGGGAAGAAUGCAUCCCUUUCGGUUCCCGCACGUGCAACACACCGUCAUUGUGUAAAUGCAUAUGUAUAUAAAACAUCGCGCAUAAAUCUCAUAUGAAGAUCGAUCGCAUCUUGAUUCUGUGAUGUAUAAUUUUCGACCACGGUUCAACCUUUAAUCCGUUGUUAGAAAAUUAAAUUCUAUUCCAUGUAUAGAGUUUAUUUCAUUAUAUUCAUAUGCCAGAUCUUUGUUCUGAAAACAUUAGAUUUUUAUCAUAUUACAUGAGAAAAAA